CCAAAUUAUUUUCGGACCUUGUAUUCGUGUCGUCAUUAAAUGACCGUUUACGGACGGAAUAGCGCACUUUCCGACCUUCAGGAUCUUGCAAAUGGCUAUAGGAAGGUGCCAUGUGUCCCGGAGAAUACUACACAUACAUAACGCCGGCAGCAUGAUUUGCUUAUACCAGAGAAGAUAUGUCCGAGAAGUCACUGAGUGUAGAGGCCUUGCAGGGCGAUGACUCUGCGUCUAAAAGCAAACCUAGUUUGUCUUACUAUGGGGAGAAGACAACAGGAGUCGUCGACAAGGAAAUACCAAAUGAACAGGCUGCUCAGAAGCUUGUACUACACCUCGGCGAAGCACCGGACGGAGGAAUAAGGGCGUGGCUUGUGGCUUUUGCUGUCACAUUAGUCUCAUUUUCUACAUUUGGCUUUAUAAAUUCAUGGGGCGUCUUCCAAGCGUAUUACGAGGAAAAUUUACUACGUCACGAUUCUCCUUCAACUAUAGCAUGGAUUGGUUCUACGCAGUAUGCACUCGCGUACCUUCCAGCGCUUGCAACGGGGCGACUGUUUGACCUGGGGUACUUUAAAUUACCGUUCUUCGCCGCUAGCUGCGUCAUCGUUGCGUGCACUUUCCUAAUCGCGGAAUGCACUCAAUUCUGGCAAUUCUUCCUAACACAAGGUGUCGGCGUGGGAGUAGGCUGCGGUAUCAUAUUUAGUCCCGCAAUCGUCAUCGUGUCACACUGGUUCUCCAAGAAACGUGGUAUCGCUUUAUCCAUCACCGCCGUUGGGGCUCCACUCGGCAGCAUUGUGUUUCCUGUAGCGGCACAAAAUCUGAUUCCAUUAAUUGGGUUUAGAUGGACAAUCCGCGUAUUUGGAUUCAUUUUGAUGGCUACUCUUGGGAUGGCCAACAUAUUACUGAAACGACGGCUUCCACCCGUCGAUGUUCGUGGGGGACUCUUUAAUCUCAAAGCAUUCCGCAACAAAGCGUAUACCAUCUAUUGCAUUUCAGGAAUCAUGAUACUUUUAGGCAUUUAUACAGAGCUCACAUAUAUGUCUGUGAGCGCAGUAGCAAUUGGCGUCUCCAAAGACUCUUCAUUCUAUAUAAUCGCCAUCACCAAUGCAGCAUCUACCUUUGGACGUUUGUUGUCUGGUCUACUGGCGGAUAAAUUCGGCGCACUCAACACUAUGUUGCCCUUCAUUGCUCUAUCGGGAGUCAUGACAGUCGCCUGGCCGUUUGCUAAAAAUGAAUCGCAGCUCAUUGCAAUAGCCACCCUUUACGGAUUCUCCGCCGGAGCAUAUGUAUCUCUGUACUCUGCACCUGCCGUGGCAAUGGGAAAAAUGGAAGACGCGGGGCGCCGAGUGGGAAUGUUCAUGUCCCUCAUUGCUUUUGGAGGCGUUGCUGGUCCUCCUAUAUCAGGCGCCAUCAGUACUGCGACAGGAGGGUUCGUUGCUGCAGGUUAUUAUGCAGGUGGCAUGAUUCUAUCUGCUGUUGUAUUGCUAGUUGUGGCACGGUACCUCCAUCUCGGACGUCUAUGGGGCAAGUUUUGAAUGAUCGUUCAGUGAGGUGAAUCUGGCACUAUGCACAGAAG